AAGUGGGGGGAUAACGCGAUGACUCGAAUGCCCAAAUCAGGAGAAGAUAUUCAAUUUGUUGCCGAGCCGAACUCUCCUAGCGGUCUCAAUGUUGUGUUGCCGACAAGUUGUGGGUGGAAGAUUGAUUGUAACCUGGUCCUCACCGAGUCACGCACUCACUCGGAGCUCGUUCCUCUUCCUAGUGGGCCUGCUACCGAUGUCCACGGUAGGCGAGUGAAUGGCCCAUUUUGAGAGCUUUGAUGACGCAAAUUUGCGUACAAGAGCCAUUCGAAGAUCAUUGGGCAACAUCAACGGGCCUCAUCGAUUGUUGGUGACGUUGGACAACAGUCCUGACCGAAAGUGUCCCAUGCACGGAGGCAAGAUGUCCUCUCAAUAUCAUCACUACCAGCAACAGCCGCAUCAAUAUCAUCAGCCACACCAUCACCAAUAUCAUAACCCUCAAUUUAAUCACCACGGUGGUCAUCAUUCUGACCAUAAUGAGAGAAUGUCCCGGAAGGAAAUGGCUCGAGAGCUACGAUUGUCCGUGGCGAGAGAAGAGGCCGCCAGGAGGAGUAGCUCGUAUACCGAGAACUCCUCCAGAAGUUUCAGUCUGGAGCCCGGGUAUUCCAGCCAUAGUGUGCCCAGGCGGUUUUCGGCGGCUGCCGCCACCAAAACGAAGAAUGUGGAGAGAAAUGGCUCGUUUCAAGAUAACAAAGCCGUGCCAAGAGACGUGUUCAAGGGCAAAGUGGAUUUCAAGACGAUUCUUCGACGAUUUGAUCCAAAAGAAGAGGAGCGCUCUUCAUCUGGAGGCUCCUAUCCCAAUCUGAGUCGAACUGGGAUGAGCUCUCACAGCCGUGAUUAUUAUGGAAGUCCCCGACGGGGUCAAGUGAUUGAGACCGAUUUUGACUUUCGGGCUUGCGCCUCGUCUUCCACCGAGCCAAAUUGGGACAAUCCGGGUCGUUUUCGGAACCAUAGUGGACACAGCGGACACUCUAGUCAAGAGGCCUCGUUCCGCUCGAUAAGCCCUCGACAAGUCCGACCGCUGACGCUUCAACUUGAUCUAGACUCCGGCCACCAUGGGGCGAGAUCAGGUACCCACAACUUAAGAAGGGCCGAAUCCACCCCUAUCAGCCCAAGACGGGGUUACGAAUCCAAUCCGAUCAGUCCUCGACGGGUCGAGUUUGGUGACGAGAUCAUCUUUGAUUUCAACCCAUCGCAACGCCCGGAGGUGGUGUCACCCACCCAUAGCUCGAAGGCCUACUUUAAGCCCAUUCUGAGGCACACUACCUCGGAUCCAAGUACGAAGACCCCACCUCUCGAGCGGAAGGGCAAUCUCAUGGAGCAAUUUGAGAGGAAAAUGAUGAAUCAAAAGCACGAGGACUCCAUGGUCUCUUUAUCCCCGUUGACCAUUCAACAUGCCAAUCCUGAGCCAGAAAUAACUUCCCCCAAGAAGGAAUCGUUAGUUCAGAUAUAUAUCCCCAGCCUUCAGAAUGAAAAGGCAGAUAAGAAUCGACCGUCUAAACCUGUUGCCGACACAGACGAGAGUGACUACGACACAGAUUCGACCAUGGAGGAAGUGAAAACCUCCAGCUACGGUUUAUCCUCCAUGGGACGUGAGAAGAGCCCUCGGCAAGUGCCCCCGCCCAUUUCCGACCGGGCCCACAGUUUCCCUCUUCCUAGUGCUAAGAAAGAAGAGAGCCGCAAAGUCAGCUUGCCAACGGAAUCCAUGUCGAAAAAUGGGGCUACCACCCGCGAGAACCCCUCGAAACUGGAAUUACGAAGCAACGAUGAUAUGGUGGAAAACGAGAACGAAACUCUGCGGGAUCGGGUGUCAGAUCUGGAGAAACGGGUCCACGAUCAGAACGACGAGAUCACUUGCCUCCGAGCCACUCUGGCCGAUGCUCUGCGACGAAUCAACACGUUGGAAGCGGGCAAAGAGCACGUUCAAAUCAACCAUCGAGAAGUGCGAUUGCGUCGAGAUCCGGCUGAACAUGGUGGAAGUCGGAUCGGAACUCCUGGAGGCCGCCGACCGAUAUCGGCCUCAUACCAUUCCUCCAACCAUGAUACGGUGGGCAGGCGAGCAUCUUACGCAUCUAACAGAGACAAGACUCUACUAACCACUCCCAGCAGUGCAUUAAGUCGAAGGCCGUCCAACACCAUCUACCAAUCCACGGGUUCUCUCCAUUCGGAUGGGCUCAGUUCGAAUUCCAUGAGUCCGGCCCCGUCUCCCUCGCCCACCCACCGCCAUCACGCCCAUAGGUCCAGUACGGCGCCCCUUCGUACUCCUCUUCAUGGCCAAAUGAUGGGCCCUCCGGUGACGCCCCAACAAUCCCAGCCACCCCAUCGUCCACUCUCUGGCUCCAUGUCCAAUUUGAGCCUGUCCGGGUCGAAGAAAUGGGGAUCCAAUCACGAUUUCCGAGACCAAUCUCCGGGUCCUAAUACACCCAUAGCUAGGCGCUUGCACGCGGGCUCCCUUCACAGUCUCCGCUCUCCUCUUGGAUCCCAACAAAGUCUAGUGGAUCGAAACUUUCGACACGGAACUAAAGAUGCCGUGUACAACGAAGAGGAGGGUUGUCUCAUGAUGUUCAUACGGGGUCGCCCAGUGACUUUAUACGCCCCUUCGGCCCUGAUUGACCACUACUCGCUCUCGAAAGUAUCACCCGCUCCGUCACAGAAACUCAAACUGGAAUGGGUGUACGGAUAUCGUGGGCGCGAUGCUCGAUGCAACCUCUACCUCUUGCCCACGGGUGAGAUGGUCUACUUCGUGGCGGCCGUGGUGGUGUUGUUCAACGCGGAAGAGCACUCCCAGCGACAUUACUUGGGACACACCGAGGACAUCAAGUGCUUGGCCGUACAUCCCAAUAAAUUGCUCAUCGCCACUGGCCAAACCACGGGACAUGAUCGCCGAGAGGGCAAGGUUCUUUGUUGGCAUGGAACUCAAGUUGCCCCUAAAUCGGAAUGCCCUUGUCAGAGCCAUAAAUGGCCUCAUAUCCGCGUAUGGAACUCGGUCAGUCUACAAACACUCCAUAUUGUGGGCAUUGGAGACUUUGAGCGAUCCGUGAUGUGCGUUUCAUUUUCUAAAGCGGAUGGUGGGAAUCUCUUGGUGGCCGUGGAUGAAGGAUCAGAUCACACCAUGUCCGUGUGGGAUUGGUCUCGAGGAGAGCGUGGCACAAAAAUCACAGAGACCAAGUGCUCCACCGAGACCGUGGUGGCCGCCGAGUUCCACCCCUUGGAAGGGGGUGUCAUCGUCUCCGUCGGCAAAGGUCAUGUCAAUUUCUGGCAACUCGACAACACCUCGUUGACCUUAAGUCGCAAGACGGGCCUCUUUGAUCAACGUGAUAAGCCCAAAUAUGUGACUUGUAUGGCCUUUUCAUACACGGGCGACGUCAUCACCGGGGACUCCAAUGGCAAUAUCUUCAUCUGGGGUCGGGGAUACAAUGCCGUCACGAAGGCGUUGCGCAAGGUUCACGAUGGCCCCAUCUUCAGUAUUUGCGUCAUGAAAGAUGGCUCAAUCGUCACCGGUGGAGGACGGGAUAGGAAGCUGAUUCAAUUUGAUUCCACCUACAAACGAACCGGAAUGGAAGCCGAGCUCCCCGAGCAUUUAGGCUCGGUUCGGACCAUUUCUCAAGGGCGUGGCACACAGCUCCUUCUGGGCUCCACUCGCAAUUCCAUUCUCCAAGGGACGUUCGAGCUCAGCUUCCAAGAAAUUGUGACCGGGCACGUGGACGAAGUGUGGGCUUUGGCCUCGCACCCGCAACAGAAUCAAUUCCUCUCGGCCGGUUAUGAUCAACACAUUCACCUGUGGGACACUCUCACCCACCGAUCCGUGUGGAGUAGCCAUCUGGGGGAUCAAGCUCAAUCGGCAUGCUUCUCUUCCUUGGGCGAGAUCAUUGUGGUUGGUAUGACCUCUGGCAAGUGGAUGGUCAUUGACUCGCAAACCCGGGAGGUGUACGCCAUUAACCAGGACGGGAGUGAACCAAUCCAAACGGUGAAUUUCUCGCCCAAUGACAAACUCCUGGCCUUGGGAUCUCGAGACAAUCUGAUCUACAUCUACCAAGUGGGCGAAGGAUGUCGCAAAUUCAACCGUAUGGGACGAUGCAUGGGCGAAUCCAGACGGAAAAGAAGCAAUAACGGGUUUCUUCAUACCGCGGGACAUUCGAGCUACAUCACCCAUCUGGAUUGGUCAUCCGACAGCAGCUACCUUCAGUCCAAUUCGGGAGACAACGAGUUGCUCUUCUGGAACGCUUCCAUUUGUCGCCAAGUGUCAAACGCCAGCAAUCUCAAGGAUGUCUCUUGGGCCACGCAGACCUGCAUCCUGAGUUUCAACACGAUUGGGGUGUGGCCAGAGACGUUGGACGGAACCGACCUGAACACUUGUGCCAAGUCCCAUAACCAAAAAUUCCUAGCCACCGGCGACGAUUUCGGAAAAAUUAAGCUCUACUCCUACCCCGCCACUCAGCCAAAAUCAUUACACCACACUGUGGGUGGACACAGUUCCCAUGUGACGAGGAUAGAUUUCGUUCCGGAUGACAACCGCUUGAUCUCUGCCGGUGGACGGGACACAGCCCUGAUGCAAUGGAGUCUCGUGUAGUGAUUUUCGUUUAAUGUAGAUGAAGAUAAUGAACAAUAUUGAGUUAUGAUACUGCCCCCACCCACUUCCAACCGAAUGGAGCGCACAACGUAAGCGAAAGUCACGAAGGCCUGCCGACCCUGAGACACUAUUUAUACAUUCCAUCUCAUCGUGGUGUGCAGCCAAAGAGCCCCGCCCACCUUACUCUACUCUCAAGUACGAACGGCUCGGGAUUGACUACUUGCAAAGACCGAAUCUUUGAGCUUUGAUGUGGCUCUAGUCAUGAGUACCUAGCUUGGCGACCAGAUGGAAACCGUACCACUACUGCUCCUACUAAUACGAAUGAUCAUGUUGCUAUGCUAUUAAUAGAAUAAUGUUCCGUUGAAAUGGGCGAGUGGAUUCUUUUUGCUACUCUUUCAAUAAAUGUGACUGACAUUUUUAA